CAGGAAUGAAGCGCAAGCAUGCAGAGACCCUUUGUACGAAGCCACUGCGAGUACUUGUCCUUGGGGAUGGCAACCUCUCGUACAGCCUCGGUUUGGCGGAACGCUUACCAGGGGCGCAGCUCUUGGCCACCUCGUUCGACAAUCCUCAAGAAUUGCACAGAAAAUACACAGAGAGCCACGCCACUGUGACGCGUUUAGAGGCAUUGGGCGCACGUGUUCGUGUUAUAUAUGGAGUGGACGCCUUGAACAUCCUAGAAACCCUGAGGCGUGUCCAAAUGGAAGAAGGAAAGAGGGCUGACUCCUUCCGAGAGCCUCCACAUGACUCUGUCUCCAAUUGUGCGCGCACUGCAGACGGUCAUCCGCUUGAGGUGUUCGACCAUGUGAUUUUCAACCAUCCGCACACGGGCUGGGAAGAUAUACACCGGCACAGGGCUCUUCUCGCCCACUUCUUGGAGAGCGCAAAAGCCGUUUUGGCGUGCUCGACCACCCAAGG